AUGACUGCGCAAUCGAAUGGAUCUAAUGUUGGGCGCAACUUCACCAAUCAGUUCAUUCAGCCUCCAUGGAGAGUUGCGCUUUGGUCAGUAGCAUAUUGUUCAGUAUUGGCGGUUGCUGUAUUUGGGAAUCUGAUUGUGAUGUGGAUCAUUUUAGCUCACAAACGCAUGCGGACGGUCACGAAUUAUUUUUUGCUGAACUUGGCAUUCUCUGAUGCGUCAAUGGCUGCCUUCAACACACUCAUUAAUUUUAUUUAUGCCACGCACGGCGAGUGGUACUUUGGAGAAGCGUAUUGCAAGUUCCACAACUUCUUCCCCGUCGCCGCUGUGUUUGCCAGCAUCUAUUCAAUGUCUGCCAUAGCUGUUGACAGGUACAUGGCUAUAAUACAUCCUCUGAAACCCCGCUUGUCCGCAACAGCUACUAAAGUGGUGAUUCUGUGUAUCUGGGCAUUGGCCAUAGUGUUGGCGUUCCCUCUCUGUUAUUAUUCUACCACUUGGCGGACGCGCCAAAGGACGCUCUGUUAUGUGGCCUGGCCAAGACCCUCUGACGACCCCUUCAUGUAUCACAUCAUUGUGGCCGUGUUGAUUUACAUGCUCCCCCUUGUGGUGAUGGGCAUCACCUACACAGUGGUGGGGAUGACAUUAUGGGGUGCCGAGAUCCCCGGGGACUCAUCAGACAACUACCACGAUCAGCUCCUGGCCAAAAGAAAGGUGGUGAAGAUGAUGAUUGUGGUGGUGGUGACCUUUGCCAUUUGCUGGCUGCCAUACCAUGUGUUCUUCAUUGUGACCGUUCUGAACAAGAGGCUGAACCGCUGGAAGUCCAUUCAGCAGGUGUACCUGUUUGUGCUGUGGCUGGCCAUGAGCUCCACCAUGUACAACCCCAUCAUCUACUGUUGUCUCAACGGGAGGUUCCGGGCGGGGUUCAAGCAGGUGCUGCGCUGGUGCCCGCUGGUGCAUGUGUCAAGCGCGGACGAGCUGGAACUCCACGCCCUCCGCCGCCUGCAGCCCCGUAACCAAAGCAGCAUGUGCACACUCUCCCGUGCGGAGACCAGUCUGCGCGGCGAUGACCGGGGACGCAGCCGCAGCAGCCACAGCAAGCACAGGACACCCAGCCAGGGCCAGGCCCAGGCCCAGGCAGGCACUGUUGCCAACGGUAACACAAAAGAGAAGGAGUCUGAGUCUGAGUCUGCUGCCGCUGUCCCUGUCCGUCUAGGUCCACAGGACACAAGAGCAUGACGGCAUCUGUGGUUGUGAACAGAACACACAUGGUUCUUAUUAAGGCUUCUGGAAUAUAUAUAUAUAUAUUGUAUAUAUACGGGGCCUAUAGGGCGCCUUCAGUAUAGCCCAUUUGAAACACUGCCGCUCCUCUAGUCUGUAGGAGUCUGAAGUCAGAAGUCUGUGAAACAAACCUGCCAUCAUUCUGAGGAAUACACAUUUCAUAAUACAAAAAAUUCCUUAAACAAAACUUGUAUGCUUUUCAGCACAGUUAUGUGGUGAACAUGAAAGAACGAUGACAGUGCUUUAUAGAAAAAACAUUAGGAGCGUAGUAAAUAUGAACUACGAUUAUAAUAUAAAAUUAAGAUGACUAUGUUUCUGAAUGUAUUAUAUUGAUUUUGACAUAAAAGAAGGUGUGUGUAUUUUGUGCCAAAAUUGUUUUGUGAUUACCAGUCAGGUGAUAAACAAGUGAUAGGCCUAACUUAAUGUGCAGUGCUAAAAACAUUUGAAUACUGAAUGCAUAUGUGCCAGUUUACAGUACCUUAAUACUUGUAUUGUUACUGUGACAGUGUCUUCGUAUUAUCUGAAAUAUGCAUGUAAGAGUCAUAUGGCUUAUUUGCAGCCUCUCAUCAAGAAAGCUCAUGAUAAAUUGUUUUUGAUGUUUUUCGCUGUUGGUUUCACUUUGAACAAACUAGUUUCUCUACAUCUGGUUAUAGUACAUGUUGUGUUAAGUGCAUAGCUCCACAUAUUAGUGAGAUAAAUACAGGAGGUCCCUGGCAUGGCCG